AUGCAGCCAUUUACGGGGCGCGAGGAGGCGAUGGAGGCAAGGAGGAACGAGAACAUGGCGAACGUGGAGACAAGGAGGAACGAGAACAUGGCGAACGUGGAGACAAGGAGGAACGAGAAGAUGGUAAAGAAGGAAGGCGAGAUGAGGAUGAACAUCAUGAGACUCGGGAGAUCGCAUGUCCUCAUACCCCUCCUCUUGCUGCUCGUCGUGAUGAUAUCGGAAUCUUGUGCUGCCAGUCCUGCCGGAGUAUUGAGGCCCGACAUGAGCAUCGGUGCGAGGGUUAAGAACAUCAUGGAAUCGAUCAAAGAUUCGGCAUUUGCAGGAGCAUCAGGCCGAUUUGUGUCUGUGCUGAUGCUGCACCCCGUGGACACUAUCAAGACUCGUGCUCAGGUUGUAAGUCUGGAGAGCAAACGAACUGCGGUCACUGCGGUCUAUCGCUCGUCAGCAUCCCUUGCGGGAGUCGCCCCUUCUUUGGUUGGCAACAUUGCAAACGGUCUGACAACAUGCCUGGGGUUUGAGGUGUGGAGGAGAAUCACAAUGGAUGCCUUUCCCUCUAUGGAUCGGACGUUGAACACAAUCGUCUCCGCUGUCCUUGGCGACAUCACUGGGCAUGUGCUGCUGGCGCCGACUGAAGUGCUGAAGACAAGAUUGCAGUUGAGGAUGCACACCAAUGUUGCCUCGGGGGCAUCGCACAUGCUGAGAGGAGGGAUCGGAGAGUUUUACCGUGGAUACCCCGCAAUGCUGCUCCGCGAUGUUCCUUACAGAGCGCUCCAGCUAGUGCUGUUCGAUGAGAUGCUAAGAAGAUUUGCAGCAUACAAGCAGGGUGGAAAGUUGGAGAUGAAGGAAGUGGUUUUGACGGGAGCAGGAGCAGGAUGUGCAGCAGCGGUGCUGACGACUCCGUUUGACCUGAUGAAGAGUCAGUUGAUGGCUAGCAAUGGGAGGGUGAACGCCUUGAAUGUGUUGAGGGACAUCGGGAAGGAGGAAGGGCGAAGGAGGAUAAUGGCAAGCCUGAGCCCUCGAGUCUUCCACUUGGCUGCGAGUACUGCAGCAUUUUAUCUUGUUUAUGACAGCAUCAAGCAAAGUCAAGCUCGAAAGGUACAGAAGGCUUAA